AUGGUGGUUCAUAUUAUGGGAAAGCGGUUCCAGAACACCUGGAAGGUUUCUUACGGACUGUCUCAGCAAGUGUUCGGCGUGGGUCCGUUCCAGGCCAAGCGGCUAUGUGCCAAGAUUGGCCUGUAUCCUGGCAUGCGAAUGGGCGAGCUCACCCAGGGCGACAUCAUGGCAAUUGUCAAGGAGCUGUCAACCAAUGUGACCAUCGAGUCCGACCUGGCCAAGAAGAUCAACGCCGACAUUGAGCGAAAGCGAAAGACCGGCUCGUACGUCGGUCGACGACACGUCAUGGGUAUGCCCGUCAAGGGCCAGAAGACUCGAACCAACGGAAAGAACGCCCGACGGUUCAACCGAGUGCCCCGACGACACUUUGGCUCCGUUUCCGAAGCUCUCGGCUCACUGGCCAACGAGUACAAGGCUGCCCCUGGAGCCGAGGCCAAGGGCAUCAUGGGAUUCCUAUCCAAGUUUUGGUAA